AUGGUUCUCCAUCUCUCCAAGACCGCUUUCACAUUUGCUGCUGUCGCUUUAGCUUUGUUCGCUCCUGCUAGAGGUGCCUCACUCGGCAAGCGUGUGCAACCUAAUGCACCAGGUUGGGAUCCCCACUCAACACCAUAUCCGUCUGUUCGACGUGAUGAUGUGAUUUUCCAGUAUCGCUCUGAAGCCGCAAAAGGCAAUGUGUCAGUUCCUGAUCCGUAUAAUUGGUUUGAAAAAUCGGAUGCAAGUGAUUUCAUCAAAUCUCAACUGGCAUUCACCAAGACCUAUUUGAACAAAUUGGAAGAUUUGGAUGCAAUGCGUACUGCAAUCAAGGAUGUAAGCAAUUACACACCACUUUAUGCUCCAAACAUCCUUGGUCCCAACGGUGAUCCGACAUAUCAAUACUACUUCAAGGAACCAGGAGCAAAAUACUGGCUUUCUUAUAUCGCCAAGCAAAAGGAUUUAGACGAAGCUGCGGCUACCAAUUAUGCAAAUCUGCCAGGCAACUUAUUACUCGAUGACAGUCUUUUGGGCGGUCAAGUCUCCUAUCAACAACAAAUUUCGCCCGAUGGUACCAAGCUUUUGUAUAGCGCCGCUGAUCCUGUUACGUAUGCUAACGUCAACGUCUACGUUCGUGAUGUUUCUAAUCCCUUGAUUGACAAAACAAAAAAGAUCGAAGCAGGCGGUUAUGGUCAUUACCCUGACGUCGUUACCGGUAUCCAAGGCAACACAGAAAUCUGGUCAGGUGACAGCAAAAGCUUCUUCUAUACAAGCUUGGACGGCUCUAUUCGCUACCAUGUCUUAGGAACGGAUGCUAAGAAUGAUCCUGUGGUGGCAAAACCACUCAAGGCAAACCUGAAUGGUUGGUGGGCAGAAGUAUCGGAUGAUAGUAAAUACCUCUUGGCAUUUGGAGCAGAUUCGAUGGAUAACAGAAGGGUGUACGCUGCUUCGCUUGAUCAAAAGAUCAACGGUCCGAUCAAAUGGAUUCCUAUUGCACCCGAUAAUGAUUUCUUUUGGGACUAUGCUGGAAGCGUAGGAGAUUCAAUGUACUUCCGAACCACAAAGGGCGGCGCACCAAACCAUCAAAUCUCUCGAGUUACGCUUGAUUUUACCAAAGCAGUCUUAACGGAUGAUUUGAGCGUUUUCACUCAGGAGGCUGAAAGUGUGACAGUCAUCCCUCAACGUCCAGACGCAAAGAUUUCCUAUUAUGGCUCAUAUGACAAUGACAAGAUCUUGAUCACUUAUUAUAAGGAUGACGCUAUCGAGAUGUUCGCUUAUAGUUUAAAGACAGGUGCUCAACUUCAACAAUUGGCGUUGGGUUUCCAAUCAACUGCCGUGUCAAUUCAAGCAUGGCCAUCGAGUCCUGAUCUGUAUGUGCAAGUCACUUCUCUCAACACACCCAGUGAGUUCUUCCAUCUCAAAUGGGACAGUUCAGCAAAUAAGUUCUCUUCACAAUUGGCAUACCAGCAGAAAAGUCCGGCAAUCGAUCCUGAAAACUACAUUGUUGAACGUUUAUGGGCGCCAAGCAAGACUGGAAAUGUCAAGAUUCCAUUUUAUGUCCUCCAUCGUAAAGGUUUGAAGCCUGAUGGCUCUCACCCUGCCAUGAUCAAUUUCUAUGGUUCUUAUGGAUACGAUCUAACAACAUGGUUCGAUGAACAGAUGUAUGCAUUCGUACGCAAUUACGAUGCAUUUUAUAUCCUUGCUGCUCCGCGUGGUGGUGGUGAAUUGGGUGAUGAAUGGCAUAAAGCAGGUCAGUUGAAUAACAAACAAAACACAUUCGAUGAUAUUAUUGCGGUCGCCCAAUUCGCCAUCGAUCAAAAGUGGACAAGCCCAGGAAAAGUGAUCCUCAACGUUCAAUCCUCAGGUGCCACGUCAUCUGCUGCGAUUGUCAAUCAGGCACCCGAAGGUAUGAUCGGUGCAUACAUUGGUACACGUGGUAUGUAUGACUUGUUAAGAUCCGAUCAAUCAACGGAUAAAGCUGCUCGUGCUGGCGAAUAUGGCUCUCCUUCUGACCCAAAGGCAUUCGAUUGGUUACGCAAAUAUUCCCCGCUGCACAACAUCGAUCCUCGUAAAACUUAUCCGACGGUCUUUAUCUACCCUCCCAAUGAUGAUGGAGGUGGUGUUGGUGCUGAGAAAUGGCAUAGCUACAAAUACAUCUCUGAGCUGCAACAUGACUUACCCAACAAUCCAAAUCCAUUCUUGCUGGGAAAUGGUACUGAUACGCAAGAAGAACGUAGCGCAACUGCAUUUGCUCUUGCUGCACAUACGAUUGGCUUGAAACGUGUAAAAUGA